CGCAUAAUAUAACACUCCGCCGCACCCUCAUUUUCCCUCCCACUGCGGCGGCAACGGAACUUCAUCUCAGCGGAGCUCAGCCAUGGGUAUCGAUCUGAAAGCUGGAGGUAAGAGCAAGCAGACUAAGCGCACAGCGCCGAAAUCGGAGGAUGUUUACCUGAAGCUUCUCGUGAAGCUUUACCGUUUUUUGGUACGAAGGACCGGAAGCAAGUUCGAUUCUGUGAUUCUGAAACGCUUGUUCAUGAGCAAGACGAACAGGCCCCCACUCUCCCUCUCCAGGCUGAUCUCUUUCAUGUCUGGAAAAGAGGAUAAGAUUGCAGUGUUGGUGGGGACUAUCACAGACGACGUUAGGGCUUAUGAAGUCCCAGCUAUGAAGGUUUGUGCACUGAGGUUCACCAAAACUGCAAGGGCAAGGAUCGAGAAUGCUGGUGGAGAAUGCAUGACAUUUGAUCAGCUUGCUCUUAGGGCUCCAUUAGGACAGAAUACGGUUCUGCUGCGAGGUCCUAAGAAUGCACGGGAAGCAGUGAAACACUUCGGUCCUGCUCCGGGUGUUCCCCACAGUCACACCAAGCCGUAUGUGCGUUCCAAGGGACGGAAGUUUGAGAAGGCCAGGGGAAGAAGAAACAGCCGGGGAUACAAGGCUUAGUUUUUCAUUUAUUUUCAUGGAGGAAUUGGUCUUUUGUACACUGGCAUUCAAAUUUUGCAAAAGAUUUAUGUAGUGCCAAGUACUCUUGUUUCUUGUUUUCUGCUCUGUUGUAUUCGAGUGUGGAUCUUAAAGUUUGUGAACACAAAAUAUUUUGACUUGCAAAAUUGUACCCUCAAUCUAAAUUUUCUGUUUUUAUAACCAAUAAUUUUUAAAUUGUUCGUAGUAAUAGAGAUAUGAGGUUUUU